AUGAUGGACGCGCUUCACUUCCUCACCGCUGCAUCACUGCUGUGUGUCGCCUCGGCGCUCCCUGAACGCCUGUUUGUUUUUGUCAAUGAGUUGAUGACCUGGCCGGACGCUCAGAGUUUCUGCAGACAGAACUUCUUGGACCUGGUGACGGUCAGCAGCAUGGAGGACAUGAUGCUCCUGAACAACAUGGUGGAUCUGGACGCCAUGGUCUACAUGAACGCAAGUUUCAAACAUCGAGCCUGGAUCGGUUUGUUUGAGGACCUGAACAGCUGGAGGUGGUCCAUUUCUGACCCAAACUUCUACAGAGACGGAGAAGCUGCGUUCAGGAACUGGAACGUUGGGGAACCAAACAACUACCUGGGGGCAGAAAGCUGCGGCGGGAUGUGGAACAACGGCUUCUGGAACGAUAAUCCCUGCCAGAUGUUCGCCAAAGCAAUCUGCCACAACGUGCAGGAGCAGAAUGUUUCGCUGAUCUUCAUCAACCAGACGAUGAGCUGGCCUGCAGCCCAGAGCUACUGCAGAGAGCAUCACACUGACCUGGCCAGCGUGAGGAGCAUGUCAGAGAACGAGCAGAUAAAGGGCCUAGUCCAAUCAGCAGGAGAGAUUCAGGCCUGGAUCGGUCUGUACAGAAACUCCUGGAUGUGGGUGGAUGGCAGUAAUUCCUCCUUCCGCCACUGGAGAGCGUCGGAACCCAACGGGUCAGAGGAGAACUGUGCAGCAGCCGUUCAUGCAGACGCCGGGCAGUGGGAGGACUGGCCUUGCUCCUGGAAAAUGCCUUUUUUUUGCAACGCAGGUUGUGACACCAGUUUGUUUGUCAAAGUUCCAGGUUCAAAGCAGGUGGUGAAGGUGAAGCUGGUGAAGUCUUCCUCUCUGGACCUGAGUGACCCGGCGGUGCUGGCAGACCUGCUGCAGCAGUUUGAACAGAAGCUGAAGGGCAGCAGAGAGGAUGGAAACGUCAGGCUGAGCUGGAGGAAAACAUCGGAUGGAGAAAUCUUCCACCAGGAGCCAUCUGGCCUCAGUGACCUCAAUGACCUCAGUGACCUCAAUGACCUCAGUGACCUCAGUGGCCUCAGUGACCUCAAUGACCUCAGUGACCUCAAUGACCUCAGUGACCUCAGUGGCCUCAGUGACCUCAAUGACCUCAGUGACCUCAGUGACCUCUGUGACCUCAGUGACCUCUGUGACCUUAGUGACCUCAAUGACCUCAGUGACCUCAAUGACCUCAGUGUUCUCAAUGACCUCAGUGACCUCAGUGACCUAUGUGACCUCAGUGACCUCUGUGACCUCAGUGACCUCUGUGACCUCAGUGACCUCUGUGACCUCAGUGACCUCAAUGACCUCAGUGACCUCAAUGACCUCAGUGUUCUCAAUGACCUCAGUGACCUCAGUGACCUAUGUGACCUCAGUGACCUCUGUGACCUCAGUGACCUCAAUGACCUCAGUGACCUCAGCGACCUCAUGCUGUGUGUCGCCGCGGCCCCCCCUCCACUCCUGUUAGUUUUUGUCAAUGAGUUGAUGACCUGGCCGGACGCUCAGAGUUUCUGCAGACAGAACUUCUUGGACCUGGUGACGGUCAGCAGCAUGGAGGACAUGAUGCUCCUGACCGACAUGGUGGACCUGGACUCCAUGGUCUACAACAGCUCAGAUUUCAAAUAUCGAGCCUGGAUCGGUUUGUCUGAGGACCUGAACAGCUGGAGGUGGUCCAUUACUGACCCGAACUUCUACAGAGACGGAGAAGCUGCGUUCAGGAACUGGAACGUUGGGGAACCAAACAACUUCCUGGGGGCAGAAAGCUGCGGAGUCAUGACGCAUUUUGGAGGCUUUGCUGAUGUAGAGUGUGUAAAACUCAACAAACCAAUCUGCUGUGACGUACAAGGACACGAUGCUUCGUUUGUCUUUAUCGACCAACCGAUGAGCUGGCCUGCAGCCCAGAGCUUCUGCAGACAGCAUCACACUGACCUGGCCAGCGUGAGGAGCUCAUCGGAGAGCGAGCAGAUAAAGGGCCUAGUCCAAUCCGCUGGAGAGAAAGCAGCCUGGAUUGGUCUGUACAGAAACACCUGGUUGUGGGCGGAUGGCAGUAAGGUCACGUUCAGCCACUGGAGGCCGCCAGAACCUAACGGAAGCGUGGAGAGCUGUGUGGCGUCAGCGCUGAGUGACGGCGGCGUGUGGGAGGACCUGCUCUGCUCCAGACUCCUCCCCUUCUUCUGCUGCGAUGUUCCAGGUUCAAAGCAGGUGGUGAAGGUGAGGCUGGUGAAGUCUUCCUCUCUGGACCUGGGUGACCCGGCGCUGCUGGCAGACCUGCUGCAGCAGUUUGAACAGAAGCUGAGGAAGGACAGCAGAGUGGAAGGAGACGUAAAGCUGAGAUGGAUCGACCAAUCAGACGGGAGGAUUUUCCGCCAGGACGAGUGA